UUCUGUUUAGACACGUGCAAACGGAGUAACCCGCUCGAGACAAAAGAAGAAGAUCAUAUCGCAGCGCCUCGGUUGUGCUGUCGCCUUUCUACCAGCAGAAGCAAAGCAAGCCGCCAUGCUUCGGAAGCAGACGUCCGAGACACCCGAUGGCACUUCGUCCAGCUCACAAGGACGCUCCAUGCGGCAGUCAAAGCGGCACUCUGACACCGCAACGGCAGCUCCGCACUCGGCCGUCCCUGUGCAACCACUAAACACGCCGUCCGAGACGGUAUUUGCGAGCACUUUCGGACUCUCACAACAUCGUCUCAGUACACACCGGCCGAGCUCUACGGCGUCCUUCUGCUCGGCGCAAUCAGAAGCCGCCGCGGAGGCAGCGCAGGACCCGGAACGCUCAGUCCUGGUAACUGCCGACGCCACCGAGCUUGAGGUCGACGCCCACCGAAGCCGCGAGGACCAGCGUGUCCUCGAGGUCCCGCCCAGCCCUGCCGAGGAGUCGCCGGUCGGCCACUCAUCGGCUGGCGCCAGGCUGCCGAUGACCAAUACCCAGUCACCAGAUGUCCCCGGAACAAGGUACCAAGCGAACGAAGCACCCACUGUUUCUACCAGAACCGCUGAGGAUCCUCAAGCCCUCACAGCUGCUCAAAGGUCGGGUGCCACAACGACCUCGAAGCUCGCCGGACGGGCACGACGCCUGGCCCCAGCGGAAUCGCCCUGGCAGAAGGGCCGCGUCCGAAUGCCGUCUACCGCAUUUCGCAAGUGUCGCUCACUGGAGCAGCUCGAGACAUUGGCUUCCUCGGGAGGUACUGAAGACCACUGGAGCCCCAGCGAGGGAACCAGUGAACGCCUGGGCUCUGUGCUACCACCGCCACAUGAGAGCACCACUUCGCACAGUUUAACCCGGCGCCUGUCAUUCCUAACGAAAGGAGCCGCCGGCGUUUCAGCUGGACUGGGACCCAAGAAGUUGGCGCGCGUCUGGCCGUGGCCCUGUGUGUGCGGAGGAUUGCUGGCUUUGCUGCUGCUCGCGGCCGUGCUGGUGUUCGUGGCGUUCUCGAUGCCAAACCCGGAUGUUGUCCAGGCUCCCCGCCUCUGCACGUCCACCGACUGCGCUGAUCACGCGACCGCGCUGGGUGUCGGGAAGUACAGCGAAGAAGGUACAAGAGACCAGAGUGACCCCUGUCUGGACUUCGGCGCGUUUGUGUGCUCGGCAGCCCCGAUUCGGCACCCUUGGACGAGGCUGCCGCUGAUGACGCAGGUGCUGUUUGAGUACGCCACGCAGUUGGGUCGACGGGUGUCAUCUGUGGCCGUGCUCGCCAAAGCCACCAUGGUCAUGCGCACCUGCCUGGACAGUUCCACACGAAGCGACGGCGACGUGGAACGCCUGCUCGAGUUCAUGGAUGGCCGCAGUUUCGACUGGCCAAUAGACGAAGGCGCCCUGGGUGAUCCGUUCGACUACAGCAGGCCACUCAAGGCGCUGGUAGAGCUGAGUGCAAAGUGGGCGCUACCUCUGUGGUUCGACAUCGACCUACGGCGGUCAGGCAGUCAGCAAGGACGAACCAUCGUGCAGACGUCAUCCGCAAUGGCCGCCGUAUGGCUCAAAUUACAUAUUGAACUCGAGAAGCUCAGACUCAGCGCAAUCUAUGUGGAAACAUUCUUAUCAACACUGAUUUCGAAACGAGGCGCAGCACCAUCUUUUAUUGCGUUUCUGCGGCGGGAUAGCGCGGAAGUCCAGAGCAAGGUUUUUCAGCACCUUAAUGACGCAGUAGUGGCCGAUAUUCGAGAUCCAAAGCUUAUGUACCUCCGCAGCCUCGGCACCGAAGGUCAUCUGCCUCAGCUGCGAUCCGAUGAAUGGGCUCGCGUACUUCAGUGGGCGUUUCAAGGUGAGCCCGCGAUAACGGCCGACGACGCCUUCCUCGCCACAAACAUCUACGUGAUAAGGAGCAUGAGACGGAUCUUCGAGCGCAUGACGGCGCUCGAGGUGCUCUUCCACACGACAUGGUGGUUCCUGCAAGCGGUUGGUCCCCUGGCAAGCAGGACGCUCUCCUCCUUUACCGUUCCCUCCGAGAUCGGCAGCAUCGUUAACAAGCUCUCAUGCGGUCUGCACGUAGAGGCGGUUUAUCACGCCGCCCUGGCGACGAAAAGCAAGUUGGAGUUCUCGGCACCACAGAGAUUAGCCAUUGGAGACCUGCUGCGCAGCGUCAUGAAAACAGCGCUGGACAAAAUACGCACCAUGCGGGGAGCCAGCGACCGGGCCCGAGCCACACUAGAAGCCGCGUUCAGCAACACCACCGCCACCGUGUGGCCGUGGGGUGAAUUAUCGGUGCUCAAGAGUCUCGAGCAGUACUACGGCACAAGCACCGGGUCUCUGUCUGCAUUCGGCGAGUGGCUCUCGAUCAGGCUGCAGGUGCAACGCUUCGUCGGCGACCGAGAGCGUGACUUGGCUACCAAGGUAUUUCGGCUCGAGUCGAACCGCCUGGCCAGCUACGACCUGAUCGACAAUGUGAUACUGCUAUGCGCUGCCGCACUCACGCCACCGCUGUACUACACGAACGGGACAAGUGCCAUGGUGUACGGCGGGCUGGGCUUCGUCCUCGGGGCAGAAGUCGCGCAUACCUUGCACUCGUUCCUGGCACUCCUGAAGGAAGAAGCCGCGAUUCUGCCAUCCGGAGAGCAGCUCUUGGAAAUGCUGUGGGGCAUAUCUCCCUGCAGCGACACGUACCACUGGUUCCCCGCUGUGGGGGGCCUGCAGCUAGCGCACGCGGCGUACACACGCUUCCGGUACGCGGAAGAUGACGUGCCCCUGGCGCUUAUGAGGAACUACACGGCCGAACAGGUCUUUUUUAUGACCUUCUGCCUCACCCUGUGCGAUUACCACUCGAUCAAGGGCUGGUCUUCAAAAAUGUGCAACCACGCUGUCAAACACUUGCCUGCGUUUGCGCACGCCUUCAAGUGCCCUCCCGAAUCUCCGAUGAGCACAAAGCCAGUGUGCCCGCAAAACUAGCCUCGACGCGCACAAACCAUGUCGCUAUUAUUUCACAUUAACUCUUCUAUUUGUACUAUUGUUGCCUUUUAGAUGUUUCCGAAAUGCAUUGAUGAAAUGCGUUUGCCGUGCUGA